CGCGCCUGCCCUUGAACAGCCUUGUUCACCUUCGCCUACCGAGAAGAUUGUGCAGGGGCUGUGACAGCCGCUUUCCCCGACUCACAACGCGAUCCUCGCCCAUGUCGGCCCCGCCAGCCUGGCUAUUUUCCAACAAUUCUGCACUGACCGCGCAAAAACCAGCCACUCAGAGCAGCACAUCCACGAUGCCGGGAAACAAGAAGCCCAAGGCCAGCGGGUCCCAGAAGAAGGGCCCCGCGGCCGCCGAGAAGUCCGGAUCGACCGCGGAGCCGCCUGCGCAGCUCCUCGAUAUGGUCGAAUCGUUCCUUUCUGAGCACGACUUUUCCGACGCCCAUCGCGCGUUCACGAAGCAGCGGGCCAAGAAGGGCUGGAAGAGCGAGAAGUCGGACGUCGCUGGGAAGGAUUCUCUCGUUUCUGUCUUCAACGCCUGGAAGACUUCUUCUCAGAAGGCUACUACCGCGACAGCGGCCAGGGCCAGCAGUGAUGAGAGCAGCAGUAGCGGCGAGAGCAGCAGUAGCGAGUCGGAAUCAUCGGACAGCGACACCGACAGCGAUAGCGACGACAAUACCGAUGUGGAAAUGAAAGACGUAGCAGAGGAGGAGUCCUCGAGCGCUGACUCGAGCAGCAGCAGCAGCAGCGACAGCGAGAGCGAGGACAAGAAAGAAACGGCGAAGCCUGCAGCUAACCCUCUCAAACGCAAGGCUGCUUCCGAGAGCAGUGACUCGUCCGACUCCGACUCCGAUUCCAGCUCUGACGAGGAGGCUCCCGCGCCCAAGAAGCAGAAGAUUGCCGCCGCCCCGGCCGCCAGCGAGUCUUCUGAUUCUUCCUCCGACUCUUCCUCCGACUCUUCCUCCGACUCUGAUUCGAGUUCCGACUCGAGUUCCGACUCGGAUUCCGACUCCAGCUCCGAAUCUGAGGCUGAGUCCAAGCCUGCGACCAAGAAGGCUGCGGCAAAGAAGGAAACGUCCAAGAAGAAGAAGACCGAAUCGUCCUCCGAGUCUUCUUCUUCUUCUUCCUCCGAGUCCUCGUCCUCCGAGUCUUCGUCUUCUGAAUCAGAGUCAGACUCGUCUUCCUCCGACUCCGAUGACGAAUCCGAGGACGAAGCCGAAGAAGCGGCCAAGGUCCCUCUCCCCGAGUCUGGUUCAGACUCCGACUCUUCUAGUGACUCCUCGUCGUCCGAUUCCUCCUCAGAUUCCGAGUCCGACUCGGAGAAGACCGAGACCAAGACCAAGACCAAGAGCGCCAAGUCCACCUCGCCAGCCGGCGGCGGCUCUGACUCCUCUGCCACCCUCGACCGGACCUCGCCCAAGGUCUAUCCCGUGGACAAGUUUGCCCCGCUCCCGCCGGACCCGGCCACAGUUAAGACCAACAACCGCGGUAAGGGCGGCAACAACAACAACAACAACAACAACGGCAAGGUCAACCAACCCUUCUCGCGCGUCAACCGCAACAUCCAGGUCGACCCGCGCUUCGCCUCCAACGCCUUUACCGGCCACGAAUGGGGCCGCAAGGCCCACGAAGACUUGAGCGUUACGCGUGGCAAGGGCUUCACCAAGGAGAAGAACAAGAAGAAGAAGGGCAGUUACCGCGGUGGGCGGAUCGAUACAAACGCGAAGGGGGGCAUCAAGUUUGACGACUAGACUCCUUUAGGAAGGUCACUUUAAACUAUUUUUUUUUUUCAUUGGCGUGAAGGGUUUCCCGGAGAGUGUCGCAGGCGUCCAAAAGCAGAUAUAUAUGGGUGGCUUCUGCUACACUUCCAAUGUAGCUGGUUUAUUAGGAGAGGCGCGAUGUUUAGUUCGCCUGGUUAGGCACCUUAAGUAGACAUGGCAUAGCACGGAGUCUCGGGCAAUCUGUGUUUUAGCUUAGAUUCCGCGCCGGAAUUCAGUUAUAGAGGUAGCUUUAGAUAUUAGUCAACGACUAUAGAGUGGCAUUUUCGCAAAACGAGGCGAUUCUU